UUUAUUGCAGGUGGCAAGAAUAUUCUGAGAAUAUGUCUGGCCAGAGCCCCAGCCCUGGGGCUGCCCACUCUCCAAUGGGCCCACCUCAGCAGGCACCUUCACCUAUGCCUCCUCCACCUCAAGCCACUUCUCCAGCAGGAGUUCCUUCCCAGUCUCCCAUGGGUCCUCCACAAGUCCCCUCUUCAAUGGGGCCUCCAGGAAUGGCACCCAAUCCCAGCGGGCUCCCUCCUAAUGGCCCUGGUGGUCCACCAGGGCCGCCUGGCUCUGCAGGUCCUCAUGGCGGUGGCUAUGUUGGUGGUGCUGGAGGUUGGCCAUCCCAGCAACCAUAUCCUGGUGGUCAACCGCCUUCAGGUCCCUCUAGUGGGCCUGGUGGUAUUUAUCCAGCACAGGAAAGCCUCAAUGCUCUCCAAAAAGCCAUCAACACCAUGGAGGACAAAGGCAUGCAAGGAGAUCCACGUUACAGUGAUCUCCUCUCAAUGCGUGCCAAGUAUGGAGCUGCAGGGUCAGGAUAUCCACCUUCAGGAGAUGGCAGGGGAGCACCAAUGGCUUCAGGACCUGUCACUGGAGUACAAAUGCAUCAACUAAGAGCUCAGAUAAUGGCUUACAGGUUUUUGGCUCGGUCUCAACCAGUCCCCAGCCAGGUUGCUCUAGUGGCGCAGGGGCGUCGACCUGAAAGUAAUGACGUGCCUCCUCGAGCUCCUGGCAUUCCUUCACCUGCUCCUGGCAGUGGUUCACCAAUGGGCCUGCCUACCAGCACACCUCCUGCUCCUGCAGGAGGAAGCAUGCCUCCUGGAGGACAUCCACGCCUUCCUCUUUCAGGAAUGUCUCAACAAACCCCUCCUCCAAUACAGACACAGCCUUCACAACCCGGUGCCAUGAGACCUCCAUUCAAUGGCAGUAUGCCUCCUCAGCCACCACCCACAGCAUCCCCUGUUCCUCAGACCCCACCAACAACAUCGCCCACUUCAGGGUCUCCUGUUGUGGGGCCUCCUACUCCAGCCACCACUUCUGCUCCACCUGCAAGUGGAGCUCCUGCUCCACCUUCUGCGACCUCGACCGUGGCUGUACCCACUCCAUCACCUGCUGCGCAGCGACCGCCCGGAGUUGGCCCUGGAGGCCCACCAUCCAGCAAGACCAGUAGAGUCACACCCAUUGCCAAGCCUGCAGGAAUUGAUCCUCUAUUGCUGUUGCAAGAGCGCGAGAACAGGCUUGGUGCCCGCAUCGCACAACGGAUGGAAGAUCUCAGCAACCUGCCAAACUCCCUCCCAGAGGAGCUGCAGCUGAAGGCCGAGCUUGAGCUCAGGGCUCUUAGGCUGCUCAACUUCCAGCGGCAACUACGUGCUGAGGUGGUGGCGUGUAAUCGUGCGGACACGACCCUGGAGACUGCCAUCAACAUGAAGGCCUACAAGCGCACCAAGCGUCAAGGCCUGCGUGAGGCCCGCAUUACAGAGAAGCUUGAGAAGCAACAGAAACUUGAAGCUGAAAGAAAGAAGAGACAAAAACAUCAGGAAUAUCUCAAUGCCGUCCUGCAGCACGGCAGGGAGCUCAAGGAGUUCCAUCGUCAGAACACCCAGAAGAUAGGCAAGAUAAACAAGGCGGUCGUGACGUACCACCAGAACGCCGAGCGCGAGAAGCAGAAGGAACAGGAGCGCAUUGAGAAGGAGCGUCUACGGCGUCUCAUGCUCGAGGAUGAGGAGGGAUACAGGAAGCUCAUUGAUGAGAAGAAAGACAAGCGCCUUGCUUACCUGCUCUCACAAACCGACGAGUUCAUUGCAAGCCUCACUGAGAUGGUUAAGCAACACAAAGACGAGCAGAAGCGACAGAACAGAGAGUUUCUCAGGAAAGUGCGCGAAGAGCGUCGGCGCGCUCGAGAGGCCGCUGAGAGUGCGGGCGGCGAGGGCGGACAGGUACCCUUCGUGUGCAUCAUGGAGAGCUCGACGGGCCGCAUCCUGAUGGGGGCCGAGGCACCAGCCCCCCAGCACCUCGAACAGUUCCUCCUGGAGAACCCUGGCUGGGAGGUCCUACCUGAUGAUGAAGAUGACCAGAGUGAUGAAGAGAAAGAAACUGAAGAAGGCACCGAGAAAGAGGGUGAGGAGGGAGCAGCUGCUGCAUCUGCAGUCAAGAAGCUUAAACCCAAGGUUGAAGAUGACGAGUAUCGCAACGCGGGAGGCGAAGCGAACUACUACAGCAUCGCUCACACCAUCAAGGAGGAGAUAAAGGAACAACCCACCAUGCUUGUCAAUGGCAGCCUUAAGGAGUACCAAAUCAAGGGUCUUGAAUGGCUGGUGUCUCUGUACAACAAUAACCUCAAUGGCAUUCUGGCGGACGAGAUGGGUCUUGGCAAGACUAUCCAGACGAUCGCUCUGCUUACUUACCUCAUCGAGACCAAGAAAAAUAAUGGACCAUAUCUGAUUAUUGUACCUCUCUCAACCAUGUCCAAUUGGGCUCUCGAGUUCAACAAAUGGGCACCUUCAGUAAACGUGGUACCUUACAAAGGUUCCCCGUCAGUGCGACGCGUCGUACAGAGUCAGAUGAAGUCCACAAAGCUGAACGUUUUGCUCACCACCUACGAGUACGUCAUCAAAGACAAGGCUGUGUUAGCCAAGUUCCGCUGGAAGUACAUGAUCAUCGACGAGGGACACAGGAUGAAGAACCAUCACUGCAAGCUGACCCAGACCCUCAACACUUACUAUAACGCGCCUCAUCGCCUCCUAUUAACGGGUACUCCUCUUCAAAACAAGCUUCCUGAACUUUGGGCUUUGCUCAAUUUCCUCCUGCCAUCUAUUUUCAAAUCAUGCUCUACUUUCGAGCAGUGGUUUAAUGCUCCUUUUGCCACCACUGGUGAAAAGGUCGAGCUGAACGAAGAAGAAACCAUUUUGAUUAUCCGUCGUCUACAUAAAGUGCUACGUCCUUUCCUUUUGCGCCGCCUGAAGAAGGAAGUAGAGUCUCAGUUGCCUGACAAAGUGGAGUACAUCGUCAAGUGCGAGCUUUCUGGCCUGCAGCAAGUGCUCUACCGUUCCAUGCAGAGCAAGGGAGUCAUGCUGUGCCAGGAUUCUAAGAAGGGCAGCAAGAGCAACACUAAGGCUCUCAUGAACACUAUCAUGCAACUAAGGAAACUCUGCAACCAUCCGUUUAUGUUCCGGCACAUUGAAGAAUCUUUCAGUCAACACAAAGGUUUUGUGGGUGGCAUCGUCCAAGGCCAAGACUUGUACCGAGCCUCUGGAAAGUUUGAGCUCAUGGACCGCAUUUUGCCCAAGAUGAAGGCCACCAAGCAUAGAAUUCUUCUCUUCUGCCAAAUGACACAACUCAUGACCAUCAUGGAAGAUUACCUCAACUUCCGUGGCUACAAGUACCUACGUCUUGAUGGCAUGACGAAAGCUGACGACCGCGGGGAGUUGCUGCAGCUUUUCAAUGAUAAGAACUCAGAUUAUUUCCUGUUCUUGCUGUCGACGCGCGCCGGCGGACUUGGUCUGAACUUACAGUCUGCCGAUACCGUCAUAAUCUUCGAUUCUGACUGGAAUCCUCAUCAGGAUCUGCAGGCUCAAGACAGAGCCCACAGAAUUGGGCAGAAAAACGAGGUACGUGUACUGCGUCUGAUGUCCGUGAACACCGUCGAGGAGCGUAUUCUGGCAGCUGCUCGCUACAAGCUCAACAUGGACGAGAAAGUCAUCCAAGCUGGCAUGUUCGAUCAAAAGAGUACAGGGUCUGACCGUCGUCAGUUCUUGCAGGCUAUCCUGUCUAAUGAUGAGGAGGACGAGGAAGAGAACGAAGUUCCAGACGAUGAGACCGUGAAUCAAAUGUUGGCGAGAAAUGAAGAAGAGUUCGAGCAGUUCCAAGAAAUGGAUGCUCAACGACGUGCACAGGAAACGGAGCCACGCCUCAUGAGUGAGACUGAAUUACCUGAAUGGAUGUUAAAAGAAGAAGAGACGGACGAAGAUGAGGAGGAGGGAGCCGAAGAGGAGCUGGGCGACCGAAGAGCCCGAAGCAAGAAAGAAGUUGACUACACUGAAAGUCUCACGGAAAAAGAGUGGCUGCGCGCAAUUGGCGCUAACAUGGAAGAGGACGACGAAGAAGAUAUGAGUAACCAUGGCAGAUCUGGUGGUGGUGGUAGUGAUGGUGGAAUCGGCGGUGUCGGAGCUGGAAGUGGCAGUGGAGGCAGCAGGAGCAAUCGUGGCUCAUCAUCAUCAAGUAAAAGUCGUCGCCGCAAGCGCGAAGAUAAUGACGACGACGAGCCUUCAAAACCCAAGAAAAGAGGCCGGCCUGCUAGGGAGAAACCUAACCCUAAAAAUUUACACCUCGUCAAGUAUCUCAAGAAAGUCAUGGACAUCGUUAUUAAGUACGCAAAUGCCGAUGGUCGGGUUCUGAGUGACCCGUUCGUGAAGCUGCCAUCGCGCCGAACCCUCGCAGAUUACUACGAAGUGAUCAAGCGUCCUAUGGAUAUACAAAAAAUCCUCACCCGGAUUGACGACGCCAGGUACGAGAGUAUGCGAGACUUGGAGGACGAUUUCAUGCUUUUAUGCCGCAAUGCCCAGGAGUACAAUGAAGAAAACUCCAUCAUUUAUGAUGACUCCGUUGUGUUGCAAAGCGUCUUCACCAACGCCAGGCAAAAAAUUGAGCAAGAAAUGGAAGCUGCCCCUCCGCCCUCUGAAGAAUCGCUACCUGGCGACGGGGCUGCUGAUGAGCCAGACUCAUCGGACGAGCGCGUCUCCUCGAAGAAGCGUCGUGGCGCCAAGUCUUCAGGUGGUCGAGGCGGCCGUAGACGCAGAAUUAAAUAUGCUGACGACAGCGACGAAAAUGACAGCGAUGCUGAAGACGAUGAUCAUCGUGUCGAGUGAACGACGCGUAUGGGAGAAUCUCUUGGUAACGACUCCAGGUCAUCAUUCGCUAUUGGAGAUCACCGUUUGAUGGUUUUCGCCUUUUUGAUGUUCUCGGGACCUCAUUUCAUUUGAAAUUUUUAGUUGAGUUUGAUCCGUGGAUAUGAUCAGCUAGAAGAACUUGUUACUUUGUCAUCGUUACGAUGAGAGGGUCUAAUUUAAAUUCAAUUUUUCGGCAGGCAUUCGAAGUGUGUUGCUGAUAAGUUGCUUAUAAAAUAAUGGUCUCGAUGCAUGGAAAGAGCUCUGACUAAAUUUACUAAUGAUUAAGUCGGUGAGAUUAGUUCGUUUUUAUGGAUAAUCUACAUUCAAUCAUCGAAUUUCCGUCAUUUAUUCGCGUUGUAAAGUUUGUUUAUGUAAACAAUCGUCAAUUUAAUGAAGUACCUGACAAUUCGGAUCGCUUUUGUUUAUUUUUCGUCAGAUCAGAAACGGUAAAUGCUUUUAUUUAUAUACAAUAGGCAUCUCGUGACUACUGAUGUGAAAGUUUAACCACGUUCUUGGGGCUUAAACCCGUUGUUCCUGCUGGUAGCGUGUGAGAUUAUCCUAUAUUUGGUGUCAUGCAUCGAAGUAGGCCGGUUGUCUCAUAGAUCUAUCAUUUAAUUAUUGUUGUGAUGAACACCAAUCCAUUACAACUAGGUACUAGAAUUUCCUCUCUCCAUAUUAAUACGAGUAAACAUCUGGCAACCGACUCCGAUGCAAGAAGUAAGGAAUAUAACUGACUUCUCAAUUCUUCUACCCAUUGUUUGGUUUCCCCGUCGCAGUAGCUCCAUCAUUUGAGUACCUCGAAAAAAACGUGUUGCUUCAGAUUCUACAUUCGGCUCCGAUAAUAAAAUCUAAGUUUACACAAUGUAUAUAUUUUACACUGCAUGAUACGUGCUAACUAUAGCAACUUUAAAUCUACUUUAUGGUAAGAAAUAGUAAGUCACAGGCUGGUAGUUCUUGAGUUUGGUAUGCUAGGAGCCACCUUCCGUUCGGUGGCAGUGGCAGUGGCACCAAUUAGAGCGUAAGAAGUGCUGUGUAGAUUCUUCGCAUAGAUUGACUUGUGUCGCACUGCUAAGCUUUCUGAGUGAGACAAGAGCUGCACCGUUCGUUGUAAGUUUGUUCGUUCACAUUUGUUUCUUCAUUAAAGUUCAUCGCCCUUGUGCUUCAAAGCUCUUGUAUAAAUUACGUACGGUCCAUCAGUUUCAUAUUCGGUUGUCCCUACGUAGAUAGGUAAAAAUUUAUAAAUUAAUUGUGGUGUCCUUCCCGUGGUGUUUCUGGGUCUGGUACUUAUAAAAAUAUCAAUCUCGCUUAAUUUUGAUUGCGUAUAAGAAUUGUAAAUAUAUUUCUCAGCCUA